AUGGCGGCGGGCAGCGGCGGCGGAGCGGGGCCCGGCGGAGGCCGCAGGGGCAGCGCGGGGCGGGACGCGGAGGCCGAGGUUUGGUGCGGGCGGGUGCGGGAGCUGGUGAGCGCGGAUCCCGCCAACCGGCUCUGCUUCGAGUGCGGCCAGCGCGGCGUCACCUACGUGGACAUCAGCGUGGGCAGCCUCGUGUGCACCGCCUGCUCGGGGGCGCUGCGGGGGCUGAACCCCCCGCACCGCGUCAAGUCCAUCUCCAUGACGACGUUCAGCGAGGCAGAGGUGCUGUUCCUGCAGGAGCGGGGCAAUGAGGUUUGCCGGCGGGUCUGGCUCGGCACCUUCGACCCCCGGACCUCGGAGCUCCCGGAUUCCCGGGACCCCCAGAAGGUCAAGGAGUUCCUGCAGGAGAAAUACGAGAAGAAAAGAUGGUACGUGGCCCCAGAGCAAGUGAAACCCCCCCAGAGCACCACGGAGCCCCCCCAGCUGCUCCUGGGGGACACAGGGACGCUGCCACGGCCCCGCCCAGCCGCCCAAAGACCCCCCCAGCCCCCCCGAAAAUCCAGCACCGACCUCCUGGCAGACAUCGGGGGGGACCCCUUUGCCACCCCCACCCUGGGACCCACCUUCACCGCCUUCCCUGGCCCGGCCCCACCCAGCUCUGCCUUCCCCCAUUUCGAUGCCUUCGGAGCCACAUUUGGGGGGGCUGGACCCCCUUUCCACACCCUCCCCACCGCCACAGGAAUCGCUGCUGCUCAGGGUGGGGUCACCUCAGCCCCGCCCACAGGGGGUUACACCAAUCCCUUCGUGACCCCCCAACCCUCCACCAACCCCUUCCAGAGCAACGGCCCCGGUGAGUGACCCCCUCC